UCUUGCUUUCGGGGCAUUAAUAGGUGGCGAAAUAAAAAAUGGAAAAUAAACGCGCCGAUUUAUAUAGACUAAUCUACCUUUUUGAAGACCAUCUCAUGAAAAAAUGGCCGAUGACGAUGAUCGGAUAGCAAAGAAUGAUGAAGAGAAAGUCGAUCAGGGAGAGAACGAUAAAGGAGACGAAAAGACAAAGACAGAUGGCGAUGAGGUAGUGAACGAGAAAGGGAAGGAAAAAGGCAAAUCGAAGGAAGUCCAAGAUGAAAGAGAAGAGGUCGAUGACGAAGCUGGAGAGCAGAAGGAUGAUAAUCCGAACAAGGACAAUGAAGUAGACAAUGAGAAGGAUGGAGGAGAAGAGACAGCGAAACAGCACGACUGGCAGGCGGUAUGGGAUGCUACAAGACAAGCAUGGUACUUUUGGAAUCAGGUCACACAAGAGACAACAUGGGAGAACCCAUUGGUGAAAGAGGGAAAGAACGAAGAAUCUGCCACACAAGCCGACAGUGUACCUGCCAAUGAAAGCGUGGCUAUUUCCAUGACAUCAAUGACAGACGAAGAAGUUGCUCAAAUGGUUGGAAUCGAUCCAGAUUUGGCUUACUUGGAUCCAGUCAUGUAUGCGAACGAAAUCCAUCAAGCAAGAAUGGGUAAUGGGAAUCCUACUUCAACUUCUUAUCGAUCUCAAGGAGCCUUUGAUAAUCGAACAGGAAAGUUUGUUUCACAAUCCGCUCUCAAACAAGGUGCAACAUAUGAUCCAAGUAGAUUGUCACAUGCCAAUCAAGCUGAUCGACAAAUGGGCGCAUUUUUUGAUGUUGAACAAUAUGAAGAUCAACGAAAGAGAGAGCAUGAGAAAGCCCAACUUGAAACAGACGAACAAGGAAGAAUAAAAAGACAAAGACCAUCAAAGAAAGAAUUGAAGUUCUUCAAAGAGCGGGCAAAAGAGAAGAAAGCAUCGAAACAUGCUUGGUUAAGAAAUUGAUGGCAGACUGUUUGUAUGUAUCAUAGUUUCAUUUGUACUUUUAUCAAUUCAAAGAGUGAAACCAGCGGAGAGUGAAUGCAUGCUGACUAAUUAUACAUCAUUGUCACCCUUUACCCGCGAAGAGCGAUUGGGAUCCAUUCGUCGUCGAAGUGAAUAAAUGCCACAAAAGAUAGGAACAAUCUCAUGCAAAAUCUAUUGUAUGUAUUUCAAAUAAUACGGCGAGAUAACUGUCUAAUUCAAA